AUGGCUUCUUCAGCCGGGCAACUGCUUCUAAUGUCAGUGGCCAUCCUCGGCAGCGCAGGGUGCUUCGCAUCGGACACCAUCACCCCCAACUCCGCCGUCUCCGGCAGCAGGACCGUCGUGUCGACGGGCGGCAACUUUGAGCUCGGCUUCUUCCGUCCAGCAGGUGACAGCAACACAGCUUCCUCCUCUGAUGGCAGCAACCACUACUACGUAGGAAUCUGGUACAAGAAAGCCGUAUCGCCGUGCACGCCCGUGCGGGUCGCGAACAGAGCCGCGCCGGUCUCCGACCCCGCGUCCUCUCAGCUCGCCGUUGCGGCGGACGGCAAUCUCGUGCUCACGAACGAGGUCGGCGAGCUCGUCUGGUCCUCGAACGUCGUCAUCUCCAGCAGCAGCUCCAACGGCACCGUGGCUCUCCUCUUGGACAGCGGAAACCUCGUCCUCCGGCGCGACGACGGCGAGGUCCUGUGGCAGAGCGCUGAGCACCCCACCGACACGUGGCUCCCGGGAGUCCGUCUCGGCAUGAACAAGAUCACCGGCCACGUGCAGGCUCUGACUUGCUGGAGGAGCUCCAGUGACCCGGCUCCCGGCGUGUACUCGCUGGGGAUCGACCCGAACGGGACCAGUCAGUUCUUCACGUACUGGAACACAACCGUGAGUUUCUGGAGCAGCGGAGAGUGGAACGGCAACAUCUUUGCCGGUGUCCCGGAGAUGACGUCGCACUACUUUUACAACUUCGAGUUCGUGUCCAACGCCAACGCCAGCUACUUCGACUACUCUCUGCAAGACCCCACGGUCAUCUCCAGGUUCGUCUUGGACGUCUCCGGCCAGGUGAGACAGCUCAUCUGGGUGCCGUCGGCCGACGAGUGGAUGAUCAUCUGGGCGGAGCCACACCAGCUCUGCGACGUCUACGCUGUCUGCGGCGCGUUUGGCGUCUGCGACGAGAAGAGACUGGGAGCUAGGAGAUCACUCACGGCUGCCGCCGAAACCAUCCCUUGCAGUGUGACAGUGGCAAGGACGGUGACGCCUUCUUGCUGGUGCCAGGACGACGAGGCGCACCGGCCGACGAUGGAACAGGUGGUCCAGGCGCUGGAAGGUGUCGUGGCCGUGAACGUGCCGCCGAUUCCGACGUCGCUCCAAGCCUUCGCAGAUUGA